AUGUGCGUGACACACAUCUAUACCGAUUGCUACCCCAAGCGAACAGUCGAGUUUCAUCAAACAAUAGUCUGCCCUAAUGCAAAAGAUGGAAUCUCUUGUGCUGCUCAUAUCACCAACGAACAUCCUCCUCGAAUUCUUGAAUCCAACGAUGAACUUUCCAGCAAAGGAUACCUCGACCAAGGUCUCAAAGUACCUCCUACUGUCAAGCCUGCACCUCAGAAAUCUACAACAACAAGUACAUAUCGUUACUCUCCAGGUGACAAGAGAGACAAAUCGCCAGGUCGAGAACCUCGUCUUCGUCUUGUAAGAAAGCAGAGUGCUUUGGUCUCAGCGUCCACACCACGUCGCAAACAUCCUAAAGAACGCAUUGUUAUUGUCGAUGCACCAGAUAGUCCCGAAGGUUCCAAGACUCUUUCAAAAUAUGCUCCAGAUUCACCCGCCACGGAAGAAUUCUACUCGAAGAAUCUUUUACUAGAUGAUCGUUCAACUCCAAGACGUAGUCCGAAUGGCAGUCUCAAUCCUGUUCGUACGGUCAUUGUAGAACAUCAUCGAGAUCAGAGGGAUCAUAGCAAGGAAAGAGAAAGACCUUUGAGAGAACUUCCGAUCAUUCUAGCCCCUGAACCCCCCUCGCGUUCACCUAGUCGUGAGAAGGCAUUGGUCGAUAUGCGUAUUCGUCGUGAGGAAGAAGAUAGGGAAAAAAAGAGGCAAAGAGAUUUUGAUCGAGAUCAACAGAAGAGUUUCCAGCUAGUUCAUGAAGCACAGAGGCAACUUGUGAAGGAGAAAGAAGAAAUGAGCAGGGCGUUAGAAGCUGAGAGGGAGAGAAGGAGAAAGGAGAUUGAGGAUGAGAGAAGAAGGGAGGUGGAGUAUCAGGAAUUAUUGAGGGUUCGAGAUCUAGAGCGAGAAAGAGAAAGAGAAAGAUCUCAAUCUGAUCGUAGAAGGGAAGAAGAUUUAGUACGAGAAAAAGAAAGGGAAAGAAGGGGAAGGGAUGAUGAGCUUCGUAGAGCAGAUGAGAAUGAGCAAAAGAGAAGAGAAGAUCAACAUAGACGCGAGAGAGAAAGAGAGGCAUUAGAUGAUAAAGUGCGGGAAGAAAGAAUGAGGAAGGUGGAGAAGUCGGAAAGAAAAGCUGCGGAUGAUGCAAGGAGGUUAGAAGAACAGGUUAAGGCAUUUGCAAGGGAGGAUGAGGAGAUUAGGAGAAGACCCUCUGUGCCUAGUAGGGGAAAGGAGGUGGAGAGAGGAAUUGAUAGGAGAGAUGAUGCAGCGAGAUGGAAAAAGGAGGAUGAUGAGAUGUAUGCUAGAUUGAGGGAGAGGCAAGCAAGGGAUGAUGGAUAUGCAUCGGGGCUAGGGAGAGGAGCAAGUUUUUCAGGGAGGGGCGAUGGAGAUAGAGAGGUUUUGGAUAGGUUGAAGGAAAGGCAGAAGGGACCUGAGGAGGGGUACAUGCCAAAGAGGAGGACUACUAUUGGCGGGGGAAGUGGGCGAAGGAGAGGAGAUGAAAGAAUCGUUUGGGAUGAUGGAGAAGGAGGGAGGGGAGGGAGAUGGUGA